CGAAUUGCCGCACUCAAAGCCUCACUCUCUCCAAUCCGACUGCUCACUCCGUACGACUUCACGAAGUCCAAGACCUCCGUAUCGUACACCAAACACCAGAACCGAAAGCGCAUAGACUCGAAAAGAUGGGCAAAGCGGAAGCUGGAAGUUCGAAAUGGGUCGCGAACAAGAUGAAGUCCAAGGGACUUCAAAGGCUGCGCUGGUGGUGUGAAAUCUGCCAAAAGCAGUGUCGCGACGCCAAUGGCUUCAAGUGCCACGUCCAGUCCGAGUCGCACGUUCGCCAAAUGCAGGUCGUUGGCGAGGACCCACGCAAAUUCAUCAACCAGUUUAGCAACGACUUCCAGCGCGACUUUGUCGCCCUGCUACGCACAGCGCACAAUGAGAAAUGGAUUUCCUCGAACAAGUUCUACAACGAAUAUAUUCGCGACAAGGAACACGUACACAUGAACGCGACGAAAUGGCCUAGUUUGGGCGAGUUCGUCAAGCACUUGGGUCGUGAGGGCAUAUGCCACGUCAAGGAGGACGAGAAGGAUGGCUUGAUGAUCGCCUGGCGCGAUACCAGCAUCGCGGCAGUCAAGCGCAAGGAGGAGAUCGCUGCGCAAGAAGCCGCGGAGGCGCGGAGCGGCGCCGGCGAGGAUAAGAUGCUGAAGAGAAUGGCGAAGCGCGCUGCGGAGGAGGCAGAAGCCAAGAAGGCCAUCGAGGCGAAGAGGGCUGCAGCCGCUGCUGCAGCACAGCCGAAGCAGAACCCAACACCGCCCGCUGAGGGUGACUCGCCGGUAGCGGAGAAGGCUGACUCACCGGUCGAAGGAGAGAAGAAGGAAGGCGAGGAGGCAGUGCCAGCACCGGCUGCGGCACCGGUGAAGCUGAGCUUCGGUAUGAAGGCGAAAGCUCUUCCCCCGAACAAGGCCGGGCUCGGUCAGAUGAAAAGCCAGAGUAUCUUCAAGCGCAAGAAGGACGAUGGCGCGGAGCAGAAGCCGGUCAAGAAAGUCAAGCUAUAAAUGGUCGACUUUUGCAAACAUCACACUUGAUUAUGCAUAGCGUGGCGUAUGGGAACUGCGGGUUUAUAGGGAGGUACAAGAUUGGCGUUGCGUUGCGCAUGUAUUCUAUUCUGAAGCACAAACGGACGUCUGAUGGGACGUGGUUGGUUAGCUGAUCAAUUUCAGACUUGCCUUGAGCGAAAAGCAGUCAUGUUUGCCCAUCAAACGAUGAUACCACUCUGAUUAGAUCGC